ACAUUCUAAAUUUCUCAUAGGUACGUCAUUGUCCAACUGGCCAGUGUAAUAACUGGCUCAACGAGGGUAUGGCUGCGCGAAAGAGCUGCUGAAAAGUUUUCUGGAAUAUUCUAUGAUCCCGCAUGUGAGUUCAGUCAUUACCGACAUUUGAUGUGCUCUCAAGUUGCAACUGCUCGAAAAGUUGAGCCACGGCAUUAUCUCAUCUUCUUGCAAGCUUUGAGAGAUAAAGCCGAUACUUACUUGAUAGUUGGCCUCAGCGACUCCGGGAAAACACAUAUUUUUGGGAAGAUUGCCAACAGAAACCUGGAGCCAGUAACAUACACAUCUUUUCAAGAAAAUGUGCUCGAUUUGGACGUAAAAGGCAAGCAUCUUAAGGUACGUCACUUGGAGCUACAUAUUGUAUUAUAACA